AUGGCCUACUAUGAAAAAUGCAUUGAGAUUGUGAUAAAGCAGCUUGACAAAUUUAAGCCUGAGAAGGACAAUCCUGAGCAGUUUGUGGAGACAGCAUUCACCUCCUUACAGCAGACUCUGAGCCCGCAGAAGCUUGGGUUUAUUUCGGAGGUUCUGUCUGGCUGCCUUGAAUACCACAAGUUACUGACCAUCGUGGUGGAUGCCUUCUACGCACGGGAUGGCCAGACCUGCCUGUGGUCCGACUACAACCUCUUUGAGGUGAUCUGCUACCUGGCCACCUUCCAGCUGGAGGAUCUUGGCUUCCAGCUUUUCUGCAGCAUCAUCAAGUCUCAGCCUGUUCGUAAGAUGUGCAAGUUCCUCAGAUUCUUCUUUAACCCCUUGAACCUGAGCUCAUGGAUCAAAGACGAGUGGAGCCUCAUCUACGAAACGGCCCAUGUGAUGGAGAACUGGAUUGACCCUCUACUGAGAUGGCAGCCAGAGGUCCAGGAGCUGAUCAAACAACUGGAGGGAGUACCAACCGAUCAAAUUCCUGUCUUGAAGACCAAGGCCAAAGUCACGGUGCCCAAGGAAUUCAACCUGACUGUCCCAAGGCCCCGCGCCAUUACAAUGCCUGAGCCUGUCCCCACCAUGGACAAGCCGAGACCUGUCCCUCAGAGUACCUAUAAGGAGCCUAAGGAGCAGAAGCUUCUGCAGAUCAUCAAGACAUACAACCGCCGGACAGCUGAGGAGCUGCUGCUGAAAGCCAACAUGGAAGAGCUACAGUGUGCCAUGCCCCGGGCGCAGAGGGAGCCACCAGAACAGGACGCGGAGAAGCAGCUGUGGCAUCAGUCUGUACCCCGCAUUCGCAGGACUCCAAAUCUGACCUUCUACAAGCCUAACAACCUCCCGGUCAAGCUGAACACAGCCACCAUCCUUCGAGAAGGGGCUUUAUACCAGCGGCAGGUGGAGAAGGAGCUGCAGAGAGUUGAUAAACUUGUGGAUGGGGCUGGGGACUUCUCUGAGUUCCUUAAGUGGCAGAAGAAGAUGCAGACACAGGACCUAGAGGAGCAACUGGCUGCAGGCGAGUGCCGGCGGCUUCAGGGAAAGCUGAGCCACGAGGAGGCCAUCUUGGCUCGGCAGAACCUCAUGCAGGAAAACAAGCAGAAGGCUGACCGGCAGAAGGAAGAGACAGCUGAGCUAAUGCUGCAGUGUGCUGAGAGGCGUUUCCAGGAGGAGAAGGCCAUGAAAGAGCUGGUGGAGCAGGUCACAGAAGCACAGAAGAAUGUCAAGAUAGUCCAGACGAAGCUCGUGAAGGGCCGGCAGCAGAUAGUUCAGGAGGUGAUAGAGGAGAGCCGGGAGUUGCUGCAGCGUAGCGCGAAGGAAGCCAAAGAGGAACAGAAGCGUCGGUAUGAGCUCAUUGCUCACCUUCGCGCGAUGGAGACACAGCCCACACGCAAGGGGAAGCUGGUGGACCUUACCCAGAUCCCAGGCUAUGGUCUGGAAGGUGAGAUGUCUGUUGUGGAACUUCGAGAACGGCUGGCUAUGCUCAAGGAGACCCAGAAACGAGAGCAAGAGGAGAAGCGGGAUCAAAUCAUCCAGGACAAACGAGCCAAAAGCCAAAUGAUACAGAACACAGUGGAGCAGAUCUCACUGUGCCGAGCAGCCAUGGGCAGGACCGCAGCCUUGAGGUGGGAGGAAAAGAAGGCCCAGGCUACAAGCCCCGGGACACCCUCCCAGGAUGAGCGUGUGCUGGAGCUGAAGCGUAAAAUGGAGGCGAGGGCUGCUGAACGCCGCAGGCAGACAGCACCGCAGCUCGGGUCAACGCCCCGCGCCCUACGUCCAAAUCAGCGGGCGCAGGAGGAGAUGCAGCACUGGCUGGAGCUCGACCAGAGUCGUGAGCGCAGGCUGCGGGCAAGGCAAGAGGCAAAUCGCACCUGCCACGCUACCCAUCACCUAGAGGCCUCCUGA